AUGGCAGUCGCAUUGGCUAAGGAAGAGAUGGACUACACUAUCAAGCCAGAGGCUGGUGCCUCUAACAUUUCCACAGAAGAGUGGCCGUUGCUGCUCAAGAAUUAUGACAAGCUGCUGGUUAGGACUGGUCACUUCACCCCAAUUCCGGCCGGUUGCUCUCCCCUCAAGCGCGACUUGAAAUCCUACGUCAGCUCGGGUGUCAUCAACCUUGACAAGCCCUCCAACCCAUCCAGUCAUGAGGUUGUCGCUUGGAUGAAGAGAAUCCUGAGGGCGGAGAAGACCGGUCACAGUGGAACACUCGAUCCCAAGGUCACUGGUUGCUUGAUCGUUUGCAUUGACCGUGCUACUCGCUUGGUUAAGUCGCAACAAGGCGCCGGAAAAGAAUACGUUUGCGUUAUCCGCCUUCACGACAAGAUCCCUGGCGGCGAGGCCCAGUUCAAGAGAGCUCUUGAGACUCUGACUGGUGCGCUCUUCCAGCGGCCGCCACUGAUUUCUGCUGUCAAGCGUCAGCUUCGUAUCAGAACCAUUCACGAGAGCAAGCUCUACGAGUUCGACAAUGAAAGACAUCUUGGUGUGUUCUGGGUCAGCUGCGAGGCUGGAACCUACAUCCGAACUCUGUGUGUGCAUUUGGGUCUUUUGCUCGGUGUUGGCGCGCACAUGCAGGAACUCAGACGUGUGCGCAGUGGAGCUAUGGAUGAGAACAACGGUCUUGUGACUUUGCAUGAUGUCUUGGACGCACAGUGGAUGUAUGACAACCAGCGGGAUGAGUCUUACCUCCGCAGGGUCAUCAGCCCUCUCGAGUCUCUCCUUACUACCUACAAGCGUAUCGUCGUCAAGGACAGCGCUGUGAAUGCUGUGUGCUAUGGUGCCAAGCUCAUGAUUCCUGGCUUGUUGCGUUUUGAGGCUGGAAUUGAUGUCAACGAAGAGGUUGUGCUCAUGACAACAAAGGGCGAGGCCAUUGCAAUCGGUAUUGCUCAGAUGUCUACUGUUGAGCUCUCCACUUGCGACCAUGGCGUUGUUGCCAAGGUCAAGCGCUGCAUCAUGGAGCGUGAUCUCUAUCCUCGCAGAUGGGGUAUGGGUCCUGUGGCUUUGGAGAAGAAAAAGCUCAAGUCUGCUGGAAAACUUGAUAAAUAUGGCCGAACCAACGAGGCUACUCCUGCCAAAUGGAAGACCGAGUACAAGGAUUACAACGCUCCUGAAGAUGCUGCUGCUCAGCCAGCAACCGAAACCAACGGCACCGAAGAAGCGGCUGCUGCUCCGGCCGCCGAACAGGCCGAAGCGCCAUCGUCCCCCCAAUCGAAGAUGGAUGUGGAUGAGGACAAAGAUGAGAAGAAACGCAAGAGGCACGAGGGUGAAACACCAGAGGAGCGUGCCGAGCGCAAGCGCAAGAAGAAGGAGAAGAAGGAAAAGAAAGAGCGGAGAAAGUCCAAGCAGGAGAAGGACGACAGCGACGACAGCGAUUAA